CUAAGACUUCUCCUCUGCUGCCCAUGGUGCAGGGAUAGCUGCCGUCUUCAGUCAACCCAAAGCUCUCCCAAGAGAAGGCUGGCUCUAGACAGUUUGCUCAUUCUGUGAAUAUUCAUUUUAAGCAACCUUACUGAAAUGGGACAAUUUGGAAACCUUAUUUCAUGUGCCACAGAGGAGAUCUGCCUGAAUUCUGACUGUUCUCCUGAACUGAUCUUCCCAAAUACCCUGAUUUCUCCUAUGGCUGACUUUGUGCAUCAAAAAGAAUUCUCUUCUGGAUGGAAAUGGACCCUGAAACCCCACUGGAAGUUGAGCUGUGCUGAAGAGGAUUUCAUUUCAUGGGAGAACUGCUCCAGGAGCUGCAGCUUUUGCCACACACCUGGUCCUGCCCUGUUGCAGGGGGACAUGUGAACCUAAAAUUCUAUUUCUGAGUAUUUCUGAGCACACUGUAUAUUGUCUUGAUGAAAAGAACUUGUUUAUUGCAUGAGAGCAGGCCAGUAGAGAUCCAGCAGCAAAAGUGAAGUUAAAAUUGGUUCUCUUCUCACCACUGAAUUUGCAGCAGUCAGACUUUGUUUCUGUCACACAUCCCUCCCCUUGAGGGAUUUAAUUUUAGUUAUUCCUUUUAUUUUUCUUGUAGUAAAACCAUUCAGCUUCUCUUUAGAUUUACAGGAAUAGAAUGUUGAAGUCUAGUAACUGAAUGCAGAAAGAAAUAGCCCUUGUAGAAGUAAAACCAAGUCAAAACCCCAAAAAAAAGAGCCCCAAAGAGCUUUGCAGUGCCUUGCAACCUCCUGCUCUCCUGUUUUUCAGGAACUACAUGAACGACAGCCUGAGAACAGAUGUGUUUGUGAGGUUCCAGCCAGAGAGCAUUGCCUGUGCCUGCAUUUACCUGGCAGCCAGGACACUGGAGAUCCCUCUUCCAAAUCGCCCACAUUGGUUUUUACUGUUUGGAGCAACAGAGGAAGAAAUUCAAGAAAUCUGCUUAAAAAUCUUGCAGCUCUACACAAGGAAAAAGGUGGAUUUAUCUGAUCUGGAAAGUAAAAUAGAAAAGAAGAAAUUGGCCAUUGAAGAGGCAAAGGCACAAGCUAAAGGUCUGGUACCUGAGGGAGUUCCAAGCUUGGAUAACACAUCGGGAUUUUCCCCCAUCCCAAAAAAUGAGUCUCCAAAAGAGGUGAAAGGAAACAAACCCUCACCCCUACCUGUGCAGGCCAUGAAGAAUGCAAAAAGGAAAACAGAGGGAGCCAAGAGAACCAGCUCCAACAGCCCAGUAAAUGGUGUCCAGAAAGGAAGAGAGAGCAGGAGUCGAAGUGGAAGCAGAGAUCAGAGUUACUCAAGGUCCCCAUCGAGGUCUGCAUCCCCCAAGCACAGGAAGAGCGAGAGCUACUCCACGUCCAGCGGCUCCAAGUCGCAGAGCCGCUCUCGGAGCCGCAGCGAUUCCCCCCCGCGGCAGUUCAACCACGGCUCCGCCUACAAGGGCUCCAAGGGCCGCGGCUACAAGAAAUCCAAGGACUACAGCAAGUACCAGGGGGGGCACAAGGGCCGCAGGUCCCGCUCCAGGAGCUCCUCCCGCUCCCGCAGCCGCUCCCGCGAGCGCCCCGAGCACGCGGGCAAGUACAAGAAGAAGGGCCAGGGACACUACUACCGCAACCACCGGCACGAGAGAGCGCGCUCCUACGAGAGAGGGCACCGCUACGACAGGGACAGGGACAGGGAGAGGGACAGGGAGCACCCCGGGCACAGCCGGCACCGCCGCUGAGACGGACGGACGGACAGAGAGCAGCCCGGGCACAGCCGGCACCGCCGGAGAGGGACAGACAGACGGAGCAGCCUGGGCACGGCUGGUGAGCCCCCAGGGCUGCUCCCGUGGGGUUCUCACUGGUGGGUCCUGAUGGGGUAGCUAAGGGAAUUCCUGCUGGUCAUCCCCUUCUGGGGCUCCUCCUGGGGGAAUUCCUGCUGGGGCUGCUUCCCAAGGGAAUUCCUGCCAGUGAGCUCCUGAGCUGCUUCUGAGGGAGUUCCUGGUGGUUAGCCCUUGUUGGGCUGCUCCCGAGGGAAUUCCUGCUGGUGAGCCCCCACUGGGGCUGCUCCCAAGGGAAUUCCUGCUGGUGAGCCCCUGGGCUGCUUCCCGAAGGUCCUGCUGGGGCUGAUUCCCAAAGGAAUUCUCCUGGUGAGCCCACCAGGCUGCUUCCUGGAAUUCCCAGAGAUAAUUCCCUCUGGUGAGCUGGGUGCUUCCUGAGGGAAUUGCCUCUGGUGAUCUGGGGUUGCUUCCUGAUGGAAUUCUCUCUCUGGCACCCUGGGCACAGAGCUGGGAGCUGCUUCCCCAUGGAAUGCCCACCAGGGCUGCUCUCUGAGGGAUUUCCCUCUGGCACCCAGGCACAGUUGAUAAGAUGGGGCUGCUUCCCUUGGGAAUUCCCUCUGGCACCACUGGUGAACCAGCAGAGCUCGUUCCCCAUGGCUUGUGCAGGGUUAAUCUGGCUCCUGAGCCAGCAGUUUGUGCUCAUCCCUGAAGCCAAAGCAAAGCCUGGCAGGUGCUGCUGUCACCCUCACUAGGGGCUCCUGUCCUGCUCCUCAGCAUUUCCAUCCCCAGGACAGCCCAUCCUUGGGGUGCUGUGCCCAGCAGCUCUUCCCUCUGGGGCUGGGAAGCUGCUCAGCCCCCCAGGAAUGGUUUGGUGCUACCAAUGCCCUCUUUCCAUGCUGGCUCGGUGAUGUUGUACAGGUGGGAGGUGAUUUUUUUUUUUUUUUUUUAGUCCUGUUGCCUAUAUUAGGUUUUCUGUGUAUAUAUAUAUAUAUAUAUAUAUAUAUAUUUUGCAGUGUUACAGUAUGGGAAAAUGGCCUUCCUAGCCUUUACACUUUACCCACAAUGUAAAUAAGCAUUUGUUUAAUACAGGUGACGAUAUAUACAGAAAAAUUCAAAAACUUGAAUUCUAUCAAAAGAAAAAAAAAGACUUGUGUAGAAAAUUCUGAUAAAUGUGAAAGUAUUUAGCUCUGUGCAUUGAGAGUAGAAUAUUUUUAUCUGUGCAAUGCUGUGUGCAGGCCACCAGCUCAGAAGACAUUUCCUAUAUAUCCAUUUGAAGUGGUUGAAAAUUCUUGACUCAGGAUCUUUGAAGAAUUGGUAGUUUGUCAGUCUGCAUGCUUGAUGAACAGAGCAAUUAAAACUCCAAUUAGCAGAGCCCCACAGCCCAGUAGUAUCAGUUCUAGUGGUAUAUCUGAGCUGUUACUCUCAUGCUCCCUGAUUUCAUUAAAGUAUUUGAUUUUCUAUUA